GGGGCGGAUCUUGGCAGCGACCUUCGCCACCCGACGCAAACGCCCAAUGGAGACCGCGACCAGCUUAGUUGGGCAACGUACCGUAUGUAAUGUAGGCAGGUCGGACAGGCUGCAGUGCAAGGCGACAGGGAAGCAAAAGAAACCAAAACUGUACCGGCAACUGUCACCAGGUUGGCCAGACGCGAGCUACCUAGCAGACAGAGCUACCUCGGCAUCAAUUCUGCCUAACUCGUCAACGACACAUCGCCACCCUCAUCCCUAACCUUGCCAAUCUUUGGUUGACACAAGUCGCAAAUAUUCCAACGCGGGUUUUGUAACUCAUCGUCCUGAAUCAUCAUCCAUACGUCCUUCACGUUCCAUCGGUUUUAUGACGCCAGAAAUCCGGGGAAAGGAAGGUCAGAAGCAGCGGAAGAAGUCAAUUCAAGCGGGCAAGAACCCAAGCCCCGGCUCCGACGACUCGUCCAAUUCGACUCGAUUCUAGCCUAUCGUAGUCAACAAUCAGACGACAGUCCGUGGUCCCCACGGCGGGCGGCCAUCUCAUACCUUGCCCGCUUCAUCUCCAACCUGCCAGGAACGAGCCAUUCGCGGCUUAGGGCACCCUAUCCCAGUUCCAGCCCACCAUCAACCAUGAGUGCACAUCCUUACCACAGACACCCUGAACCUCGCGGCCGCGAGCUUAGCAGGAGGCCGUCGGCUUCCGACGAAGACUCAUUCUUUUCCGAAUCGUCAAGCAUAGUGGGGAAGCAUAACCACCAUCGGCCUCGAUCGCAUCACCGCGACCCGCCGCGGGGCCGUCGCGCCGAAUCGUCUCGCCACCGCGCCGAUGACGACGAACAUUACCUGCCCCACCAUGACCGUCACCAUUACUAUGGUCACCAUGGUCACCAAGACCACCAUGAACGCCGUCAAAAUGACGACCGCCGCAGCAGCCCCGACAGUGGGUCUGGAGCCGUCGUGCGGCGGGAGGAGCUCUAUGCCGUCCAGCAUAUCCCCCGCGACUCCUCAGUAGCUUCAUCAACGGCGCGGACCUGCGUCUACGACCAUCGAGAUCCGCGGGAUCGUUCCCAUCGCUCUAGGCGCUACCGUGAUUACGACGAUGACAGGUCGCCGUCGGAUGAGAAACGGCAUCAGCGCGAGCGCAGCAGGUUUGAUCCGCGCGUCAUCCUGGCCACGCUACUGUUUGCCGCCACUGCUGCCCUGUGCUACAAGGAAAUAAGUAGUGGAGGCAAAAAGCGCGGUGGUAGGAGAAGGAAUCAUCGCGGUCGUCCUGGUUAACUUUGGGCUGUAUGUCUUCAUGGAAGGGCUUCUUCUUUCACGAACAAUCGCAAGAGCCUUUGCUUGGCUGGCGCAAACCUUGCUUUUUUGGCCAGCUUGAUUGCAUGUGAAUGGCUCCCCAUCGGAGGAGUAUAUGGCCGCACAACAGCGGGAUUAUGCAAUCCGGGUCACAGAGACUACAGUGCUGCUUGAACACUGCUAUUGUAGUUGCGUCAGAUCUGUCAACAUCACGGCGUUGCAAGCAGCGCUAGGCUUUGAUCGAGCUGCCGACGCUUUGGCACUAUGACCGGGCAAAAUCGCCACUUUUCAAAUGGCUUCACAUGCGUACGCCAUGGCUUGUCCCAGCCAACCAUGGUGUUCAACGGGAUAUAUGUCGCUGCUUUCUCGGGAUCGGACGACUUUGGUUACUUAGUACAUACACACAUUUGGAUGACAGUUCAAUCUGGACAUACUUGAGCCGCUAACACAGUUUGGUCGUCGCGCCUCUUGAACAUAUGUAUCUGAGUUUUCAAAUCCGCAAGGUAGGUAGCACGGGACUAAGAUCAAGAUACAGACUACUCUAAAUAGGUAUCCGCUUUGUACUGGAUACUUGUAGCAGUUUCACAUGGAGCGCAACUCCGCCGAACUUCCACACGCACCCUCUCCACGAUGACAAGUUCGAUACCGUAACCUACGGUCAACAACAACAGAUAUCCCAACCAUGGAGACUCGGAAUAUGUAGAAUACCCAAUGGCGGCGCUUGUUCUUGCCAGUAGUCUCGCAGAAGUCAG